GGCAAAAAGUUUCUCUCUCACUGCAGGCUAACAAGUCAGUCCAGCAGGAAGAUGAAUAGCUGCCUGCCACAUCUAUUCAUCUCCUCCCCCUGCAUUUAUCCCCAGAGCUAGGGUGAGGCUUUGCUAGUAGCGGUGGCUCUUCUUUCCCAAGGAUCAGCACACAGAUUUCCACUGCUCUCCUCCUCUGCCUUCUGCGCAUCUGUGUGUCAGGCACUGGACCCAGCUGUUCCUCCACUUCCUCAUCAGCCACCUCAGACCUUGGGGCUGUUGACUUCAUUUGAGGCCUGACGGACAGCCCAAACUUCGCUUCUGUCUCUCUUUCUGCCAGCUCCAUUCCCUCCUACCCCCACUGGAGCUCUCAGGUUGCCUUUAUGCUGACCCCGACUCCCAUGUUCCUCCUCCUCUGAUUUGGCUGCUGGAGGGGCCAGCGGCAGGCCACAACACAGCUGAUUUCAUAAUACAAGUUGUGAUCUGUGCUGCUCUGUUUUCAAGUGACUCGCUGUAUGUUAGCUUGAAUAAUGUUGUUGUUUGGUACCUCUAUUCUAGCUUGGGUGUAGAAUGAGUGAAACUUCUUAGCAGUAGAGCUAUCUAAAGCAUGUGAAUGAUAGAAAAAAGUUAUUAUAUGCAGGGUCUUUUAUCCAUUAUAUAGUGGAUAAUAAACCAUUUUAGGCUACAUGAUAAAUUUUAAUUUUAUUAAACUUAAAGACCAGAAAGCUGGUAUUGAAUAGAUAUAUUUUAAACAUUGUAGUUUUCCUGUAAUAAGCACUGGUAGACAAGUGGUUUGGGAAUAAGAUGCUUGGCAAAAUUUAUAUGCUUGGUAAAAUCUCUCCCAAUACCUGCUUUUCACUUUCUUCCUUGUUUCUUCUUUGAAUUAGAUUAUGCAUCUGUAAAAAGGAAUCUGUGUCUUUCAAUAUCUUUUGUAGUGAACCUGCAUAAUGGUAUGCAUUACAUAAAUGCUAAUAUUUUUAUUUAUGUUCAGGUAACAGGAUUGUCGCCACGAUUACAUGGAAAAGUUGAUUUGCUGUUAUUUAACCCACCUUAUGUGGUAACCCCUUCUGCUGAGAUACAAACUCAUGGACUAGAGGCAGCCUGGGCUGGAGGUAAAAAUGGCAGAGAGGUUAUGGAUAGACUCUUUCCACUUGUGUCAGACUUACUAUCGGCAAGAGGAUUGUUUUAUUUAGUUACAAUUAAAGAAAAUAAUCCAGAUGAAAUUAUUAAAAUAUUGCAGGAAUGUGGUUUAAAUGGCAGUAAAGUAAUUUCCAGACAAGCAGGGAGGGAAUAUCUCUCAGUUCUGAAAUUCUACAAAUCCUGAAGCUGGCUUCUGGAGGAAUCUUCAUAUAGUAAACUCUUUGCUUUAAAAUGCUAUCUUGAAUUAAUGUGUUACAUUUAAUUAAGGUUAGAUCCUAGAUGUUGCCAACAAGUACACAUUAACAUAUCUUAAUUCAAAAAUAUGCAUAUUAUUUCCAUAUGUGUAAAAUCAAAAUUUUGACAAUAAAGUAAACAUUUUACUUGGAAUACUGCAAUAAAAUAUUGCAUAAACUGUUA